UCCCCCCCCCCGGCAUCCCGCUCCCCUCCCCGCAGAGCUAAUAUGGUCGCCGGCGAUGGACGCUAUCAGGCCAGGAAGCCCUUACCAGCCCAUAAUUGAAGAACUAAGAAACCAUCCACGAAAGAGGUUCUACAAUGUCUCAAAGCUUGGAGGCACCAAGUAUGAUACUCUGCCUUAUUCCAUACGAGUGUUGUUUGAAUCCAGCAUCCGUAACUGCGAUGGCUUCCUGGUGAAAGAAACAGAUGCUAUGAACAUUUUAGACUGGAAAACAAAGCAGAACGAUGUCGAAGUGCCCUUCUGUCCUGCCAGAGUUGUUCUUCAAGAUUUUACUGGAAUUCCAGCAAUGGUGGAUUUCGCUGCCAUGAGGGAAGCAGUAAGAAAUGCUGGAGGAGAUCCUGUGAAAGUCAAUCCUGCCUGCCCGACUGAUCUCACUGUUGACCAUUCUCUGCAGAUUGAUUUCAGCAAAUGUGCAAUACAGAACGCCCCGAACCCUGGGGGCGGUGAGGCGCAGAAGCCGACAGCAGCAAAGCUUUCUCCGCUGAAGGGCCAGCCGAGGAAACUGCCAUGCCGGGGCCAGAGCAGCUGCAAGGGGCCCUGCAGUGCUGGGGAGCUGAGCCGUGCCUCGGGGCAGUUCUCUGCACAGAUAGAGAACACACCUAUCCUCUGCCCUUUUCACCUUCAGCCAGUGCCUGAGCCUGAGACAGUAUUGAAAAAUCAAGAGAUGGAAUUUGGCAGAAAUAGAGAGAGGCUUCAGUUUUUUAAGUGGAGUUCAAAAGUUUUCAAGAACACUUCCAUCAUACCACCAGAGACUGGAAUGGCACACCAGGUUAAUUUGGAGUAUCUGUCAAGAGUUGUAUUUGACGUGAAAGAUUUCCUAUAUCCAGAUAGCGUGGUUGGCACAGAUUCUCAUACAACCAUGGUAAAUGGCUUGGGUAUCUUGGGCUGGGGUGUUGGGGGAAUCGAAACAGAAGCUGUGAUGCUGGGGAUGCCGGUUACUCUCACUCUGCCUGAGGUGGUUGGGUGUGAGCUGAUGGGCACAGCCAGCCCACUUGCUACAUCCAUAGACAUUGUUCUGGGCAUUACAAAGCAUCUUAGGCAAGCUGAAGUCGCUGGAAAAUUUGUGGAGUUCUUUGGGAGUGGAGUUUCCCAACUGUCUGUGGCAGAUCGAACCACAAUAGCAAAUAUGUGUCCUGAAUACGGUGCUAUUCUGAGCUUUUUCCCUGUUGAUAAUGUGACGUUGAAGCACUUAAAGCAUGCAGGUUUCGAUGAGGCCAAGCUUGAGGUUAUGGAAGCAUAUCUUAAAGCUGUGAAGCUAUUUAGAAAUGAUGAGAAUUCUUCCAGAGAACCUGAAUAUUCCCAGGUAGUGCAAAUUAGUUUAAGUUCUAUAAUUCCUCAUGUCAGUGGCCCCAAGAGAUCCCAAGAUAGAGUGGCUGUCAGUAACAUGAAAAGUGACUUCCAAACCUGCUUAAAUGAAAAGGCUGGUGUUAAAGGGUUUCAGAUUGCAGCUGAAAAACAGAAUGACGUUGUACCUGUUCAGUAUGAAGGAAACCAAUACGAGCUCUCUCAUGGCUGUGUUGUCAUUGCUGCAGUAAUCAGCUGUACAAAUAACUGCAAUCCAUCUGUCAUGCUUGCUGCAGGACUCCUGGCCAAAAAGGCAGUUGAAGCUGGCCUAGAGGUGAAGCCCUACAUAAGAACUAGUCUGUCACCAGGCAGUGGAAUGGUUACACAUUACCUCAGUUCCAGUGGAGUAUUACCAUACCUCAGUAAGCUUGGGUUUGAGGUUGUUGGUUAUGGAUGUUCAACGUGUGUUGGAAACACUGCUCCCCUUCCAGAAGCCAUCAGGAGUGCAAUAAAGCAGGGUGAAAUCAUUGCCUGUGGAGUGCUGUCUGGAACAAAGAACUUUGAAGGACGUCUGUGCGACUGUGUCCGUGCCAACUACCUUGCUUCUCCCCCACUGGUAGUUGCGUAUGCUAUUGCAGGCACUGUUAGAAUAGACUUCGAGACUGAGCCUUUGGGCACUGGCUUUGGUGGCAGAAGUAUCUACUUAAGGGAUAUUUGGCCCACGCGGAAAGAACUACACAUGGUGGAGGAAGAGUGUGUGAUAUCAUCUAUGUUUAAGGAAUUGAAAGAAAAAAUGGAGAAAGGAAACAAACGAUGGAAUUCACUGGAAGCGCCUGAGUCACCUUUAUUUCCCUGGGACUUGAAAUCCACUUAUAUCAGAUGUCCUUCCUUCUUUGAUAAACUUGCCAAAGACCCGGUUUCCCCGCAGCCGAUUGAAAAUGCCCAUGUCUUGCUCUAUUUGGGAGAUUCUGUAACCACAGAUCACAUAUCUCCUGCUGGAAGCAUUGCAAGGAGCAGUGCUGCUGCUAAGUACCUGACUAACAAAGGACUCACACCUCGUGAAUUCAACUCGUAUGGGGCUCGGCGGGGUAAUGAUGCUGUGAUGACAAGGGGCACAUUUGCUAAUAUCAAGCUUCUGAACAAGUUCAUAGGAAAACCAGCUCCUAAAACAAUUCACUUUCCAUCAGGACAAACGCUAGAUGUGUUUGAAGCAGCGGAAUUGUACCAGAAAGAAGGCAUUCCUGUAAUUAUUUUAGCAGGAAAGAAGUACGGACUGGGCAGCUCAAGAGACUGGGCAGCAAAAGGGCCUUUUCUACUGGGUGUUAAAGCUGUCCUAGCUGAAAGCUAUGAAAAAGUCCAUAAAAGUCAAUUGAUUGGAAUUGGCAUAGCUCCACUUCAGUUUCUUCCUGGAGAAAAUCCAAAUACUUUGGGUCUCACUGGCAGAGAGCAGUUCUCUAUAUUAUUCCCUCCAGAGCUGUCGCCCAAAAUGACUUUGGAUAUUAAGACAAGCACUGGGAAAGUGUUCAGCGUGUUUGCCUUGUUUGACAACGACGUGGAGGUAACUUUAUACAAAAAUGGUGGAAGUCUAAACUUUGUGGCUCGAAGAUUCUUAUAGUAGCUACUGACUGUGGGUACCUCGCACUAACUGGUAACUCUGAAAAUGCCUUGUGUGAACCCAGGAAUCUGUACUGUGGAACUGCAGGCAGCCCUAGUGUGCUCUAAGUUACUUCGUCCAUGGAUGUAAAAGAUUGUGAAUCAUUGUAACUGCAGCAAGAUCCUUCCUGAUUUUAAAUAAUAUUCUAAUGGUGCUAUUAAACAUUGCUAAAAUCGACGUGUGUUAUGGCAGAGAGAGCUGUAAGUAUGGAGGGGAUGUUUUCUCAGACCAUUUUGUAAAUAAACCGUGUGAAAUCUCAAACCGAUUGUGCUGAAGAUUAUUAUGUAAGAAGGUUUUCUGCAGUUGUUUCCACUUAGUUUUUGCACCUGUAAAUCUGUGUACUGCUGUUGGUUUAAGCGUAGCAGAUGGUAUGGAAGGUUAAAGGGCAAACAGACGGAUGGUUUGCUUUUUUGGCAUCCAGAGCUCAAAAUAGAUCUUCAGUUUCGAAUGUCUUGCUUUUAAAAUGAUGGGCACAUAAGGCCCCCUGUGUCCCAUUUAUUGUAUGGAAUUAUAUCCCUUCUGGAUCCAGAUGGAAAAGUGAUCAACCCAUGAAGUGCUGUUGGCUAUAGAAGUAUAUCUCUGCUUGUAAGAGAAUGCCCACAGUACGUGGCUGGUGUUGAAGUGCAGCCCCCCAGCAUUCUGCAGUGUCCUUCAGUUGAGAGCUUUGUCAUCUCUUCCUCAAGCUUGUCCUUUGUAGCAUUGCUUUUUACUGUAUUGUCUGAUAUCACUUGCCAGAGAAUUUCCCUCAGUAUUUUAACCUUUAAGAAUUUGUAUUACGACUCCUUAAUUACUCUGCUUUAUAUGCAGCCUAUGUCUAAUCAGUUACACUUGUCACAUGUUAAAUUGCUGAGGUAGCCAUGCUGCCUUUUAAUGCUUUGGAAUGGUUUUUUUUGUUUGCAGCCCUUCCAAACAGGCAUCAGAUUCCCCUGCUGAAGAUCACAGAAUACUGAACAGAUUUGGCUCUUGGCGACUGCAGCUCCACUAAAUCAAAUUAUUAUUGCUUAUAAAAACUGUUUUGUAUUUAACAUUAAUGGAAGAUGCACAGUUUCUGCAGAAAUGCUUUUGUUUUACCACUUAGCUUGGUCACUGAGAGCUUCUGAUCUGUGCCAGUUUGUCUUUUCUGAUAGCUUCAGGUAUUUCUGUGCUCCUGUAUCUUGAGCAGCUUCAUGAUAGCACUUCUGUUUGUAGAGUGAUGGAUUGCUUUUGGAGGACAAAGCUGCAGAAACCUGCUAUGAAUUGGCAAGAUUUUGCUUUUAGAUUUUUGGAUCUUGAUAAACAUUGUCUUAAAUGUCCUGACUUGCCAGAAGACUCCAUUAGUUUUACUGCAUGUUUUCAGUCUAUAACUAGAAGCUAAGCCAGCUGACGUGCAAACCAACAUGUGCACUCUUGGCAUCCUUAAAUAGUAUGUUUAUGACAUGCCUAAAAAUCUGGAAAAUAAACCCUGACACAGUUAGAUCAAUACAACAUAAUUUUGAGACAGUUCAGCUGCAAACUUCAGUUCCAUUGGCAUAGUUCUGAUACCUUUUUUUUGCUAGACAAAAUUCUGUACGGUUUGGAAUUCUAUAUAACCUGUUCCAAUAAUCUUGCUGUGUUUUUCUUUUAGCUGAGAUGAGAAAAACUAUUCCAGUGACUCAUACCACUGAUAUGGGUAAUACAUCAAUGCAUUUUCUAAUACUGUAUUCAACUGAAUGCUGGAUGGGUUUCUGUUCUGUGGUACAUUCUGGUAAUUUUAUCAAGAAUUGAGAUCUCGCUACUUGUCUAACAGCAUCUAAUACUUCUUUUCCAGCUCAAAGGUAUAUUCAUAACUGAAGAAAAUGCACGUUCAUUACUAAGGAACAGAUCUGAUUUUAGAGCUGAUGCACAGUGGUGCUUUGUGCAGGAGAUCAAUGAAGUACAGCUGCAGGGCUAUCUAGAAUACUUGUGCAACUGCUAGUGCUUGAGUGGGGCUCAGCCUCCUGCCCUCCCGGUGCAGUGACGCUCCUUGCCUCAGGAGACAGUGAUCCAAGCCAUGUCAAGGUAAACCAGUAUUGUGAAGUGCAAUUUCAAGGGCUGUGUCUUAGAGUUAUUGCCACCAAUACUCAUCUCUUCAGAAGUGUGAUGGUUUCAUUACUGUAGUGACUACUUAAAAUCUGCUGCACUCCUAUGCCUUAAUGUCAGUGAAAGACAGCUCUGAGUGCAGAUGCUGUCAACCUGGAGGUUCCUGCUGUUGUGGCUGCUGUGGGUCCUGUCCCAACCACACCGAUGCCCGUAGCAUCUUUGUGACUUGUGCAGACUGACUCCCACCCUUAGGACACGUAUGCCUGCAGGUGGUAGGUGCUGGGGGGAACUGUUAAUGUACCCAUCUUGUGCUUCUCGCCCAGUAGUGAGCUGCCAUGAUCCAUGGUCGUGUGCCUGCCCCCCUCCCCUUGUGCAGCAGGGAGUGCCGUCAGGUCGGGUCAGUAGCUUGGCAAUGAAGGCAGGACGUUGAACUUUGAGCUCACUGCUAGGAUCUGUGAGCUUGGGAUGGGCAGCAGGGAAGCCUGCUUCUGGCAGUGGCAGGAUACAAUGCAGGCAGAGGAUUGCUGUGAUCACACAAAAAAAGCGUUGUUCAAUUAGACUUUCUAGUAUCUUAAAGCAUAGGAGGAAAUGCUCCUGUUUGAAGAAGUGACUGUGUUAGACGUAUUUAACCUAGAAUUCUCUCUCCAGUUUGAUUUGGAGAAGAAUAUUCCAGUUUUUCUAAGCAUUUACUCUUUGUGCCCUCCCAAAUGACCAAGCUUUGGGAUAGUGUUGAUGUUUAUACAUUUUACACCUAAGUUUAAGGACAUGAAAUUCUGUAUAUUAAUCGUAUUUAAGCAACUGCAAAUCAAUGUCUGCUGUUCAAAGCCAACAAAAGAGUUGAAGUUUUAAGUUCAGUGUGUAUUGUAUAGAUAUCUUACCAGAAGUUCAGCUGAUGACAAUUGUGCAUAAAAUGUUACUGAUACUGUAAAUUAUUUUUAAUAAAGAAAAUUGUAUCACA